AUGGCCUUAGCAACUUUGUUGGGGGCAAUCCUCGCGAUCAUAGCAGGCGCUUACGCCUUGGACCUUUUCGUCUUCUUCUCACGAGAUUCGCGUGAGCCACAGUAUGUUAGGUCACGCGUCCCACUUAUCGGACACCUCAUCGGUAUCUCCAAGCGCGGCGCUGGAAGGUAUUACACCGACGUUGCAUCCAGCCAACCGUCCGGCAUCUUUACCCUGCCAAUUUUCAACUUCAAGCUCUACGUCAUCUCGGAGCGGAAACUCAUAAGCGCGAUCAAGCGCCAUGCCAGAACUAUUUCCCUUACGCCGUUUGCCGCCAAGACCUUGAAGACACUGAGCGGACUCGGAGAUAUUGUCCUGGGAAUCCAGGACCACCUUCAAGGCCCACUCGAGACCAAAGAGUUCGACAGGGUCCAGCGGGCUUCGAUGUCUGCUGGCCCUGAUCCGGAUGCCAUGGCCUCGGUGUCGGCGAGGGUUACUUUGGAGCUGGUUGAAGAGCUGGCCAUGAAGGCAAAAGCGGGAGCUGGGACUCGGAUUGAGCUUUACACGUGGCUGAAGCAUCUCAUCGCGCUGUCUGCCUCAGAAGGCAUGUUUGGGCCGAUGAAUCCCUUCCGUGACCGAAAAUGA